GAGCAUAUUUCAUAUUCAUUAUUAAAUGAAUAUAACAUCCCUACUCCAAGGUAAGCUCAAUAGGAUAAUCAUAUUAAUCAUAAUAAUUUAAUUAAAAAUUUUGUGAGAUUUAAAAUUGCGGCUACACCUGAAGAGUGUGAAAAAUUUGCCACAGAAUUAUGUACAAAGAAUUUAGUAAUGAAAGCUCAAGUACUAACUGGUGGUAGAGGAGUGGGUAAAUUCAAAAGUGGAUUGAGAGGUGGUGUUAAAAUAAUUAAUAGUCCCGCAGAAGCUAAAAAAAUUGGUGCAAAAAUGAUUAAUCAAAUAUUAAUGACAAAGCAAACCGGUCCCGAAGGACUUAUAUGUAAUAAAGUAAUGAUUGCAGAACGUAAAUUUCCGCGUCGUGAAUUUUAUUUUGCUAUAAUGAUGGAAAGAGAAUUUAAUGUAAUUGAAGUACAAAAAAAAUAAUGAUUUUAGUAUUAGUGCCAAUAUAUUUUUAGGGCCCUGUUCUAAUAGCCUCGUCUCAAGGUGGUGUUUCAAUUGAAGACGUUGCUGCAUCUAGUCCAGAAGAUAUUAUUUAUGAACCAAUCACAAUUACUUGUGGUUUAACUAGAGAAAAAGCUUUUAAA